GUUCAGUUCCUGCUCUGUYACCAUCCAGAACCACAGAGCUCAUGUCUCCGUGAAGAAAACUGUGGACUUUGAAGAAACAUUUAUCGAGGGAUGUUUCUUCACUUCUGGUUAAUACAGCUUACCUGCACUCAUUAGGAAGCAAAGAAUUCCAGCAGUGCUUUGAAGUUCUGACAAAGUAUCACGAAGUGUGGACUUUGAUCACAUUAUGGAGGAAGGCUAUGAACUUGACCUCACUUAUAUCACAGAGCGGAUCAUUUCUGUAUCCUUCCCUGCUGGGUGUUCUGAGGAAACGUACCUCCACAAUCUACAAGAUGUAACACGAAUGCUCAAAUCCAAACAUGGGGAUAAUUACUUGGUGUUAAACCUCUCUGAAAAGAGAUAUGACCUUGCCAAGCUUAACUCAAAGAUUAUGGAUGUGGGGUGGCCUGAUCUCCAUGCUCCACUUCUUGAUAAGUUGUGCACCAUCUGCAAGGCUAUGGAGUCSUGGCUGGACCAUGAUCCUCAGCAUGUGGUGGUAAUCCAUUGCAGAGGAGGAAAAGGAAGGAUAGGUGUAGUCAUAUCAUCAUAUAUGCACUUCACCAAUGUUUCUGCAAGUGCUGAUCAGGCUCUAGACAGAUUUGCCAUGAAGAAAUUCUUUGAUGAUAAAGUUUCAGCUUUAAUGCAGCCAUCCCAAAAAAGAUAUGUGCAGUUCUUAAGUGGCCUUCUUUCUGGAUCUGUGAAAAUGAAUGCAACACCUCUUUUCCUGCACUAUGUUAUCCUUCAUGGCAUCCCAAAUUUAGAUGCUGGGGGAGCUUGUUGGCCUUUUCUGAAGUUAUACCAAGCUAUGCAACCAGUUUAUACAUCUGGAAUAUAUAGCAUAGGGUCAGAAAAUCAAAGUCGAAUCUGCAUUGCUAUAGACCCUGCCCAGCUUUUGAAGGGAGAUAUUAUGAUUAAGUGUUAUCACAAAAAAUACAGGUCAGCUACGCGUGAUGUGAUUUUUCGCCUUCAGUUUCACACUGGAGCUAUUCAAGGACAUGGCUUGGUGUUUGGCAAAGAAGAUUUGGAUAAUGCCAAUAAAGAUGACCGUUUCCCUGAUUAUAGCAAAGUGGAAUUAGUGUUUUCAGGAACUCCAGAGAAAAUUCAAGGAUGUGAGCAUCUUCAGAAUGACCAUGGAGUAGUAGUUGAUUACAAUACAUCAGACCCACUAAUACGCUGGGAUUCCUAUGAAAAUAUGGGCCCGGAUGAGGAAGUGCUGCAUACCCAAGGUCCCAGUGAUGGCAGUCUGUAUGCAAAAGUGAGAAAGAAGAGCUCUUCAGACAGCAACAUCCCUGGUGUUGCUCAGGGUGUUCCUGUUACAGCCAGUUCUGAUUACAGUGAUCAUACCCUGUCCGUCAGUAGUGAUUCAGGACACUCCACAGCUUCCAUCAGGACAGACAAGACUGAGGAACGCCUUGUCCCAGGUGUCAGAAGGGGUCUGAGCCCACAAGAGAAGGCAGAAUUGGACCAGCUACUYAGUGGCUUUGGUCUGGAGGAUUCUAUCAGCACCACCAAGGACAUGACUGAUGCUCAAAGCAAGUACAGCGSCACUCACCACAUAGUGCCAGCUAAAGCUCCCAGGAAUGAAGUCACCAAAAUGAAGGACAGGGAAACUGAUAUUCUGGAUGAUGAAAUGCCUAAUCAUGACCUUCACAGUGUGGACAGCAUUGGGACUUUGUCUUCCUCAGAAGGGCARCACUCCACCCACCUAGGGAACUGUAGUUGCCACAAGAACAGUCAGAACUCACUUCUUUCAGAUGGCUUUGGAAGUAAUGCUGGGGAAGAGCACCACAAUGCUUUUGCUGCAGACCUGGGAAUUGCUGUGGAUUCUAUCUAUGAGAGAUCAUUUGGAAGCACUGAACCAAAGCCAACUGAGCAAUUGCAACAGAAUCCUUCUGUCUCAUCCCAUUCACGAGCCUAUGGCCCAAGUAACUACUCUACUCAGACCUGGGUACGCCAGCAGCAGAUGGUCACUGCUCACCAGUAUGGUUUUGCCCCAGAGAAUGAAACUGGGGUUGGUGUUCAUAACACYGUGGAGAAUUUGGGCAGUGUCCAGAACCUGUCUGGAGUCCCAGACACCCCAACACGUGGCUCCGGCAGCAGAGAUGCUGUGCAAAGGGAGCUAGGAAGCGUGCUGGGUGCUGCAGAAGCUGAAGAAUAUACAAGUGCUGACAGUUUUAAGUCAAGACCAGUGCCUCAGAGAAAUACAAAUGGCCUGGAUCUCGGACAAAAUGCUGGGGACUUGCCAGGUUCUCCUACUUUAGAUAUUGAUCAGUCCAUUGAACAAUUGAACAGGCUGAUCUUGGAGUUAGACCCUACAUUUGAACCUAUCCCAACCCGCAUUAACACUCUCUCCAGUGAAAGAAAUCAAGUAAAUGGCUUCACCAGCCUUGAUGGACACAUGAAAGGGCUUGACAGUAGUUCGGACUUCCAUGACAAAUUAGAAGGCACAAAGAGGAAUCCCUCCCGGCAUGCAACAGGUAUGGAAGAUAAUGAUGCAACAGGGAAAAGGCUCAGAAAGUUAAGUGUUGGGCAGUAUGACAACGAUGUUCCUCGGCAGCUAUCAUACAACAGGUGUGGAUGCGUGAAGUCCCCUGCUACUCACCAGGCUGUAAUUCCAGGACCGCCAGUUGCUAUAGGGAAAACCAAGGAGAUGGUUGCUGUGCAUUACCAAGAUGAAAUAGAUAGAGACRUCUUCUCCACAAUAAAAAAUGGAAAUGAGGCUGUCACAUUUGCAUCAGCUUUUCCCCUGUCACCGGAGAAGACAUUUUUGACAGCACCUGCACUAUGCCAUCAGCAGAUUCCCUUCAGCCAAAAGGUCAGCAGCCCAACUGCGCUGUACAGAACCAUUCCUGAAUCUCGAAGUUACAUGGAAGCCAUUGACCUCUCUAUGGUGAUGUCUGACAGCACUGUGGGCACUAACCCUUCUUUGCUGAGGGCCGACAUGCAGGCUGAUCCCUCCUUUCAGCACAGUUUUACAUAUUCUCGUACUGUUUCAAGUAGCAGUCCUAUUCCAGGGGCAGAAAGCUCUUCUGCAKCAGAACAUCCUUGGCUUGAAAGCAGCCCUAGAGCUCUGCUGUCAACCCAGUUUUCAAUGGGAAACACCAGGCAGCCAGGAGGUUACAUUGUGCCUUCUGAAUUUUCAAAUGCUGUGCAAGAUGUCUCUCUCCUGUCUCAUUUCCAAACUCCAGGACUGCAAGUUGUGACCAUGAGCAACCUGGAGAGUUCACCAGCAGAGCCACACCAAGAACUUACUAUCAGCAGCAGUGCCCAUUCCUACCUGAGCCACAGUGCAGGUACCAGGGACAGUAGCUCUUCCCGAGAGGAGACACAAGCUACUUGCAUAGCUAAUACUAGCACAUCCAAAACCCUGGGUUCAUCAGUAGCAAGUGCUGAAGACAAUGACUUUUUUACAGAAGACUUUAUUACAGUGGCCUCUGGAAACAAUAGCCAGAACAAUCCAGUUCAGCACCACCAUGGAGGGAACCUACAUGCUCAGCCACCUCUUCCAGAGAAAAAGAGGUCCUCUGAAGAUGAGCGUUCCUUUGCCUCUGUGUCGCCUUCUUCAAGUGGCUUCUCUAGCCCUCACAGCGGAAGCACAAUCAGCAUUCCCUUCCCAAAUGUCCUUCCAGAUUUUUCAAAAAUGUUAAGCCCUUCUCCGGUACCAGAAAACACAACUGAUAGACAUGUGACCGUAAAAUUUGUUCAGGACACGUCGAAGUUCUGGUAUAAGCCAGAUAUUUCAAGAGAACAAGCCAUUGCUGUUCUCAAGGACAAGGAACCUGGGUCUUUCAUUGUGCGAGACAGUCAUUCUUUCCGGGGAGCCUAUGGGCUAGCAAUGAAGGUUGCCACACCACCACCUUCUGUUCUACAGUUAAAAAAAGUUGGAGAUUUGUCAAAUGAACUUGUAAGGCAUUUUCUGAUUGAAUGUACUCAGAAGGGGGUACGCUUGAAAGGAUGCCUGAAUGAGCCAUAUUUUGGGAGUUUGACAGCUCUGGUGUAUCAGCAUUCUAUCACUCCUCUGGCAUUGCCCUGCAAGCUUCUCAUCCCAGACAGAGAUCCCUUGGAGGAGAUAGCAGAAACUUCUCCACAAACUGCUGCAAACUCAGCUGCGGAGCUUCUCAAACAGGGUGCAGCUUGUAAUGUUUGGUACCUGAAUUCAGUGGAGAUGGAGUCCCUUACAGGCCACCAGGCAGUACAGAAAGCCUUGAGCCUGACACUGAUGCAAGAUCCUUCUCCUGUCUCAACUGUUGUGCAUUUCAAGGUCUCUGCUCAGGGAAUCACACUGACAGAUAAUCAAAGAAAACUCUUUUUUCGACGACAUUAUUCAGUCAACACUGUUAUUUUCUGUGCUUUGGAUCCACAGGAUAGAAAGUGGAUGAAAGAUGGCCUUUCUGCAAAAGUGUUUGGGUUCAUUGCCAGGAAGCAAGGCAGUGCCGCAGACAACGUAUGCCACCUCUUUGCAGAGCAUGAUCCAGAACAACCUGCCAGUGCCAUUGUGAACUUUGUAUCAAAGGUCAUGAUUGGAUCCCAGAAGAAGAUCUGAUGCCUUUCCAUCCUUGAUUCAGAGAUCCUCAAUGACUUYACUGAAGGAAAUCAUGUGAUACAGAGAAAGACUAUUCAUCGACAAUGUCUGAAUAUUGUCAUUUGCAAUGAGGAAAGCAGAGGRUGAUCUGUGUAUUGUCUUUGCAAGAGCUCAGACUUUUAUUUGAAGAUGCCUCACAUAGCCUUACUUCUUCAUUUUUAUAAUAGAGGACAAAACAAAAGAAGCUGGGUGCCACCCAAACCCGUAUAGCCCUUACCUGAAUGAAGCAUAAAUUAAAAACUUUUCUCCAGAUCUGUUGAAGCAGAAAUACUCAGUGGAUUGUGCUGCAUUUUUGUUCAGAAAAUGUUUUGUAAAACCUUCACAAAGUCACUUGCCUUCAUCAAUGUUAGGUAUAGGCCUUGCAAACAUGCUCUUAGGAGAAUGAUGAUCUGAGGAAGACUUAUUUUCUUUUCUCUAUGUUUUUGUGAUCCAUUUUGAGAACUGAAUGGAGAAAGGGGAAUGUGAAGAGAAGGUUUGUGCAAGUUGAUUUCUGGUAAGAAGGGAGUGGCACUGUGGAAUUUGCAGGAAGUUUGCUCUGUAUUAAGUGUUAAGAAGGCUGAGCUCUUCUAUUAGUUUGAAAAUGUUUCAAUAGAGCAGAAGUGGCAAAACAAAAAAAGGAUAUGAAAAUCUGUUCUGUAAUUAGGGUGGGUUUUUUUUUAGCUUUUGUUACACAGAGAACUAAGCAGGGAAGAUUAAGCAUUUUAGUAAUUGCAGGAUAAAAAUGAGGGAAAAACAGAGGGGCAAACUGUAUAAUUUAUACCUGUGAUAUAUUAUUUAYAGUGGAUCUCAGAUAUUGGUAUGUCACAGACAUGAUUCUUAAACUAGACCAUUGUUGAGCUUUGCCUCUAGCACUAUUUUAUGCAAGUAAAGGGGUGUAUAGCCUGUGCCUUGCUAGAGACAAUAGUCUGGUAUUUUAACUUUUGUCUUACAGUGACAAGACACUUCCCCUUUUCUGUCUCUGCAAUACUGAUUUGUUCCCCUACGUAAUAUGUAAUUACAUUUGUAGAUUCUUUUACCCCAUUACUUGGCUGAAGUUUUGAGGAUUUUUUACCUUUUUUUGAAAAACCUGUAGGAACUAUAUUUGAUUUGUACUCCUUGAGUUAGAAGAUCUGAAAGUGAAUGACAUUUAUUUUGUUACUCAGUCCCAUUUYAUGAGAGCAUUUAUGUCCUGAUUUCUGCAACUAUCAUACCUGUACUUAUCUCUGUAUCUUUCUUAACACAUUGUUAUUUGAAAUGCCUAAGAAAUGCUAUUUGGCUUUACAGAAAAUGUAUGCAGUAGGUUACAAUGGAAGCCUGCACAAGGAGAGUAAACCACCUAGAUCUACUCUGUAAUUCCCAUUUACUCAAAAAGAGCAAUGCUAGACCCCUGUAGGAGAACUGAUGGUUAUAAUGCAGCUUUAGUAUGGCAAAUGCUGAAAAAUUUAACUAAUGCUAUUUCUGUCAUGUCUGGCUGUCAACAUUAUAUUAAUAACCUGAGGAAUAAAAUACCAUGCGUUUUAUAUGUUGAUGCAUGAGCCACUGGAUCAGCUGGUAACAGUACCCACUUGUAGAUUUUAAUCCUUUUAUCCACCAAUUUGAACUACAAUUCUCCUGUAUAAUGUUUGGGAUUUUUUUAACAGCUCUCUUUGUAUUUUCUGAAGUUUUAGAACCAUGUUAAACAUCAUUCAGUGACCAUAGCUGAAGUGCUACCAAAUUAUUUGUGUAACUAACUUUGUGUCGAUUUUGUGUAAAUAAUUUUAUGCUUUUUAAAAGGGAGGUGGUGAGAAAGAGAGAGAGAGAAAAAAGAUUGAAAGUUUAAUGUAUUUGGACCAGAAAGUGAUUUAUUAGUAGCAGUGGGCAUUGGAUAUUUGGAAAAUGGUGAAGCAAUCCAACAUGGAGUAGCUACCAUUGAAGCAACAAAGGCAAGUACCUCUGAUUUGUAACAUAUAAUUCUGUUCUUUUGGCACAGAGCUAUACUACUUAAGCACUGUUAUGUACCUUCCAAAAAAGAAUGCAGUUCUUACUUCUGUAAGAGCUUUGCUCCUUUAAAAAAAGUGAGAACAGGUUUUCUUUUAAGAUUCUUGCUGUGUACAGAGAUUUCAGUUGCCUAAUCUAGUAACCCAGCUGGACCUCAGAGAAUUUCUUUAACUGACAUCUCAAGUAGAUUUAAGUCUGAUGUGUUGUGAGCAUUGGAAUGAGGAAUAAUUUUUUACUGCAGUAUUUCACUUCUGUAGAUAAUAAAUUUUAGUGUGUCUUCUUAGACACUAAAUGUUGGCCUUUGGGCUGAAAAUAAAAUGUCUUUUUUUCCCGAGUAUUGUCAUUUCCUUUCAGGACCUUAUUUUUUUAUUCCUUUUACUUUCUCAAGGUCCACUGAAUUCAAAAACGAGGAAUUGCAUGUCGAUGCUCCUGGUGGUAUUUUCUGGGAGUUUAGCUCUACUUGCUAUGUGGGAAAGAAGAAGUUACCCUGUUUCUAAGGGAGAUUUUCUAUUUUGCAUUCCUUUGGAUGGCAUAUUGCUUCGUGCAUUUGCUUUUUAAUGAAUUUAAAAAUGCAUGAAACAAAAUAGUUCAUUAUGUACCAUUAUGUAGUUUGUGUAGAAAGAUAUUUGUGUAGAAAGAUAUUAAUUGAACUUAUAUGUUCAAUGCAAAUACAAGACUAAUCCUUAUACAACACUUUCUUUCAAGAUUUUUAGUAGAAGUAUAUAUGCAAUUUCAUAACUAWUGGUAGCCAGUUGACACAUAUUUAGCCAGACUCCUGUUAAUGUGGUUAGUAAAUAUACUACUAUAAUCCUACAGUUUUAAACUACAAAACUGCUAAAAGCCAUACUUUUAAUUAAAUGGUUUAAUUGUAUCCAGCAGUAUAAUUAAAAAUUUAUUAUUUCUUA